CAGUGUUUUGGUCCAGACGGACCCUCUCGUCAUUAUCGUCGGCAGCAAGCUGACAGUUGCCUAGUGACGAAAAACUCCAGACGGCUGCUGGCUUCCUGCGUUUUCAAAAAUCUCUUCGCCUCCACUCAGCUUGCGCCGAGUUUUCCAAACACACCUACCUGUUUAUUUCGUACUCACAGCUGGACUAUGGUGCGGAAUGACACGUAGAUCUCACCCGGAGGGUCGUGCUGCGUGUUUAGCGUCUCGGGCCGCGUUAUGAAGAGUUUUUGAUGAAUGAUGAAUAAUUAUAUCUUCAUCAGGGUCGUCGGGAAGGGCAGCUAUGGAGAGGUGAACCUGGUGAAACACAAGUCCGACCGAAAACAGUAUGUUAUUAAGAAGCUGAAUUUAACCACCUCCUCUAAGCGGGAGCGGCGCUCUGCAGAACAAGAGGCGCAGCUUCUGUCCCAGCUGCGACAUCCAAACAUUGUGACCUACAGGGAGUCGUGGGAAGGAGAUGACUGCCAGCUCUACAUUGUGAUGGGUUUCUGUGAAGGUGGUGACCUCUAUCACAGACUUAAACAGCAAAAGGGGGAACUCCUACCCGAGAAGCAGGUGGUGGAGUGGUUUGUCCAGAUAGCAAUGGCACUCCAGUACCUGCAUGAGAGGAACAUUCUCCACAGAGACCUCAAAACACAGAAUAUCUUCUUGACAAAAACCAACAUCAUCAAAGUUGGGGACCUUGGCAUUGCACGAGUAUUGGAGAACCAGAAUGACAUGGCCAGCACGCUCAUAGGGACGCCAUACUACAUGAGUCCUGAGCUCUUCUCCAACAAACCCUAUAACCACAAGUCAGAUGUAUGGGCCCUGGGUUGCUGUGUGUAUGAAAUGUCCACACUUAAGCAUGCCUUCAAUGCCAAGGACAUGAACUCCCUGGUUUAUCGCAUAGUAGAAGGAAAGCUACCACAGAUGCCCAGUAGAUAUGAUCCCCAGCUGGGAGAUUUGAUCAAGAGCAUGCUGUGUAAGAGACCUGAAGAGCGGCCUGAUGUCAAACUUAUCCUCCGCCAGCCCUACAUCAAAAGACAAAUUGCCAUGUUCCUUGAGGCCACAAAACAGAAAACUGCCAAGUCAAAAAAGAAAGCUGUCAGCAGCACUGAUGAUUGUAGAAACAAUGAAUGUUCUGUGGUAUCAUCUCAGCCAAAAUCUGAGAGGCAGCCUCGGAGUCCUCAGUCGGAACCUCUUGUCAAGGUGAAACGGAGAGAAGAGAAAUCACAACAGCAUAAAGUUUAUAAUGGUGUCACUGACUCUACUCCAGUCCAAACAAUUCCACCACCCAAACCUCCUUCACCUGAUGCAUCUCUGGCAACUAUCAGCAACAUCAAUAUUGAUUUCCAAGGGCAGGAGAAUGAGGACCAGUCGAAGAGACAGCUGCACAUGCCCCAGUCGGCAGGGUCGCCUCACCGGGCAGGUAAUGAACAUGUGACUCGCAGCGUGCACAAAGACAGCAAGAGAAGAGUGAAACCAGAUCCAUCUCCCCCUGUCUCUCCCUCCAAGCUCCCUCUGAAGUCUAUAUCAGGUGUUGUCAGCAGAGCAGGGGACGAGAGACAGGCACCCAAUGGAUUGUUAGACAUUCAGCCACGGGCCACGCCAAAGCCCGGGGAUACAUUUUCUGUUUUUGGGGAGAAGCAGAUGUCAGAUGUGGGUGGUAAGGAUGAUACCAUGGAGUUACUUCAAGAGGCUCACAUGCAGAGGCCAAAGCUAGAAGUCGAGAUAGAGGCUGCUCCUUCUAUCAUUGAGAGCAGAUCUGCACACAGAUCUAAAACAGAAACUGUCGGAGUGGUUGUGGAAGUGACUAUGGACAAUAAAGGUGACACCAUUAAUCUUCUCAAGGGAGCUCCGACACAACACCUACAUACCUCAGACACCCAGGAAAACUUAGAAACUACUGAAAAGCUGUUAGAGCCGUUCACUCCGACACUGGAACCUAAGAUUGAACAAAGUCCCUUACCAGUCAGUAAGCCAGGUCCGAUCACUUCAUGUCAAACUCCCCCGCCCUCAGUACCACAGCAGCUCAGAGCGAAGGACACAAGAGGGACACAUGGAGACCAGGACAAGGUGGCUGCUCCUAGACCUUUACCUCCACCUCCUGUUGAGUGCAGAGCUGUGGAGGGGAGGAAGAGGAGCAAGAGGAGCGCAGAGAGCAAGACACCUGACGUGGCUGCGACGUCCACACCAGUGAGUUUCUGUAAGAAGGGAUUGUUACCACUUCCACAGGAACGUCCUUUGUCUGCCAGAGAGAGAAGGAGACUGAGACAGUCCCAAGAAUGUUCCAUUCAACCAGGUGUUGAUCCUGUAAGAAGAGCUUCUUAUGAUGUCACUUCCACUAAGGCUGAGCGCUACAAUGCCCCAGUCACCAGUAGAUCUGUGUCAGACACUAUGGCUGGGACCAUCAAUAAGCAAGAUAUGCUGCAGGAGCAAAGGUCAGAUGAUGAUGAAUGCAGCUCAUCCACAAGUUCCACAGAGCGUUCAGAGGGAGACUGCAGGGAGAGGAAGACUGAGUCCAGUGACAUGCAGGAUUUAGUCCAUAUGAUGACACAAACAUUGAGAAUGGAUGUCGGAGAUGUGAGCGAGGUGGACAAAAGACGACUUGGUUCUACUGCACUGCCAGAAUUUAAACUGAACAGGAGGUAUCGGGACACCCUGAUGCUUCAUGGGAAGGCUCGAGAGGAAGCAGAGAACUUGUCAGUUGGUGAAAUACGAAUGGAGGGCUCCCCAUCUGGUCCAGCCAAGAUAAGGAGAGCCAUAGAACACCUGAGGACAGAUGUGGUGAAGGGCCUGGGGGUCAAGCUGCUGGACAAAGUGCUGGAAAUCAUGGAGGAGGAGGAUGACGCCAAACGAGAACUUUGCCUUCGUGACCAGAUGGGGAAUGAGAAAUACCAAACUUAUGCUGUGAUGGUGAGGCAGCUGAAAUUCUUUGAGGAUAUUGCCUUCAAGGUUUAAAGAAUAUGGGAGUACAGAAGCUACGGGAGCAGAGCCGUUUGCAUUUUGAUCAUUCUUACAUAGAUCAACAAUAUUCUCAAAGAUGAAUAAAUUUUCUACAAAAAGACCACCUUGGUUGUGUGGCAUAAAGCCACCUUCCUCCUUCUGCUUGCAUCUAACAUGAUAGCAGGUUUAAUCAUGAGCCUGCAACCUUACAGCUGACCAUUAUGCAUUUUGUCAUAUGAAAUGACAUGUAAAGUUAAUUGUAUAUUUUUUUUAAUUCCAGUACAAACAUACACUGCAUUCUUCAGGAUGCCUAUGCAAAGAUUUUGGUCAAGUUAUAACACAUUGACUCUCCACUUGUUUAUUUGUAAUGCAAGACAGAAUUUUGAUAAUAAUUGUUUCACCUAAAUAUAAUCUUUGAAGACAUCUCACUUCUGCUUCUCUAUUGUAUUUUCUUACACACAAAAUAUUGUAAUGUAGAUGUAUUGUAGAUAUUAAUGCUUAAAUAAAUUCUCACAAAUCUA